AUGGCCGGAUGCGCCAGAGGAAGCUUCUUUGUCCAAAAGUUGCGUGGUUGGGAUGGUGUGCCUAGGGAAGGUGAUUCACAAAAGCCGAAGUUGGCAAAAGCACCAGCAUCAGAAGCCUUGCAGGCCAGCACAAGCCCGCAGAGGGGACCUGACCGUUGCAGUCUUGCCCAACGGCUGGCAGCAGGAAGGACGUUGGAGCUGCUGACAACACUGAUGGUAGUGCAUUUCCUGAAGAUCUGUGCUGCCAAAGUCACACAGUUGCAGCCCAGAGGAGGUCUCUUUGCUUUCCGGGACGAUCAGCCGGUGUUCAUUCUGAGUGUAUGGACAAGCAGAAAAAUUACUUUGGCUGAUGUGGUUCCAUUGAAGCAGGCAACUUUUCAAGGACGAACCGUCCUCAAAGCCAAAUACACAGAGACCCGCACAUGCAGAUGGAGUGAGCUCAAAGAUGUCGGCUUACAUUUCCAGGUUGCCAACUGUGCGAAUGAUCGCCGUGGAGCGAGCUUGCUGUUCCAGAAGCAACCGGGGGAAACACAAGGAGAUCAAGGCAGAGCUUUGCGCGAGAAUGCAGCUUUGGCAGCUCUCUGGCAGGCUGGCAAUGCAGAGCUAGGUUUGGCCACUUCAUGCACAGUUGAUCACUCGGUGCGAUCCGUUCUGCCACGUUUGCAGGCGCACCUGGCCGAACGAGCUGCUUCAGGUAUUACCCAUCACGCGGCCCCACGCGCAGAUGAGAGCCGUUCCUUUUGGAUUCUGGACCUGCCAUUGCCAGUGCAAGUGGAUGGUCGCCGCCAUCGCUGCCAUACGUGCGCGCACUUGCGCAUCUUCGACAACUGCACCGUGGAGACACAUGAUGUUGUUGCAGCCUAUCCUGACCUGCGGGCUUUGGUGGAGCAAAUCUGUGGCAAUGCUCUUUCCCUCAAUGUAGCUGGGCGCAUGAAAGAAUUUUGCAGUGCAGUGCCCAAAUCUGUAUCCAUCCGCUCCAUUCUCAUGGCAGCAUUGGAAGAUUACACCAAGGCAGCUUCACGCGAGAUGCAGCGGCUCAUCAAUGUGUACAGUGGUUCAGUGAUCAGAGGAGAUGGAAACCAGGAUGUAGCAAAAAGGAUUACAAUGUAUGAUGAAGCAAGUCAGAAAACACACCCAUAUACGGUGCUCCUAGCUUGGGUCACGGUAGACGGGGCCUUGUUUCAGCCUGUAACAGCAGCUGAAACAGAAGACUGGGUCGACUUGCAACCUGAUCUGGAUGCUGUGGUAACCAACCUGAAACAGGACAGGCUGGCAUCAGGCCUGUCCUUAGCUGAGGCAGCCCCAGUAGCUCACGCCACGGACAGUUUCAGAAAGCAGCGAUCGCUGCUUGAUGCAUUUUACAAAAACAAGUACCCCAAGGAGCAAGAGGUGGAGGUAAGUGCAGCGAGUCCAGAUGCCCCAUGCCUCAUUGCUGAUCACAAAGACAUCCUGCAGCGGUUGUCCUUGAAACCAAGGGUGGCAGAAGAUGUUCCACCUGUGCUCUCUGAGCCAGGUCUUUUCCUUGAGCUUGAAGAGGAGGGUGUGACCUUAGCUGCAGCCUUUGGCUUCACAGAGAAUGUAUGCUUUGAAUGUGCUGACACCUGGUUGCAGCUGGAUGCUCUGGAAUUUGACCCUCCAAGGCGGUCUGGAGAUGGCAGCGGCCGGGCAGAUGUGCAGCGGAUUCGCUUGCUCUACAAGCCUGAUUUACACGGAGAUGAUGGGCUCGUUAUAGUUUCCUCUGACGAGGAGGAUGUCAUCUCCCCGCAGCAUGCUCCACCAGACGUGCAUUAG